UGCUGACAUUUUGGAUAGUCCACAUUCUUGGGAAUAACUACAUCAUAGUCUCUUGUGUCUUUUCUUUAAAUACCAAAGUUUUGAGCUUUAGAAACCCAAACAAAGUUCUGAGCUUUAGAAAACCAAACAAAGUUUUGAGCUUUGAUCUCAGGGAGAAGAAGAGAAGAGAAGAGAAGAUGUCUAAGCAAGCAGAGGAGGAAGUGUAUAUUGGGUCAAUUGACCAAGGGACCACCAGCACCAGAUUCAUUAUCUAUGAUCAUUUGGCGCGCCCAGUUGGGUCUCACCAGGUCGAGUUCACUCAGGUCUACCCGGAAGCAGGAUGGGUGGAGCAUGAUCCAAUGGAGAUAUUGGAGAGCGUGAGAGUUUGUAUGGCUAAGGCUCUGGACAAGGCCACCGCCGAUGGGCACAACGUCGACAGUGGCUUGAAGGCGAUUGGGUUGACCAAUCAGAGAGAGACCACUCUCGUUUGGAGUAAAUCCACUGGCUGCCCUCUUUACAAUGCUAUUGUUUGGAUGGAUGCUCGUACCAGUUCUGUUUGCAGAAAAUUGGAGAAAGAGUUAUCUGGGGGCAGAACUCAUUUUUCAGAGAUAUGUGGUUUGCCCAUAAGCACCUAUUUCAGUGCUAUGAAGCUGCUAUGGUUGAUGGAGAAUGUCGAUACUGUUAAGGAGGCUAUUAAAUCAGGGGAUGCUCUGUUUGGAACUAUAGACACUUGGUUAAUCUGGAACUUAACCGGUGGUCUCAAGGGAGGGGUACAUGUCACGGAUGUCUCCAACGCGUCACGCACUAUGCUCAUGAAUCUUAAGACUCUUGAGUGGGAUCAACCCACCUUGGAUACCUUGGGAAUUUCCGCUACAAUUCUCCCCAAAAUUGUCAGCAACUCUGAGGUCAUUGGAAAUAUUGCCAUUGGAUGGCCAAUUACUGGGAUCCCAAUUUCUGGAUGUUUAGGUGAUCAACAUGCAGCAAUGUUAGGUCAGGCUUGCAGGAAAGGUGAGGCCAAGAGCACUUAUGGAACUGGUGCUUUUAUUCUUCUGAACACUGGUGAAGAGAUAACUCUGUCGAAGCAUGGGCUUCUAAGCACUUUGUCAUUCAAACUUGGACCUAAAGCUCCUGUAAAUUAUGCUCUAGAAGGAUCCAUUGCUAUUGCUGGAGCUGCAGUUCAGUGGCUUAGGGACGGUCUUGGGAUUAUUAAGAGUGCAAGUGAGAUUGAGGCAUUGGCAUCACAGGUUGAAUCUACUGGUGGAAUUUAUUUUGUGCCUGCCUUUAACGGAUUAUUUGCUCCCUGGUGGCGUGAUGAUGCUCGUGGAGUUUGUAUUGGUAUGACAAGGUUUACAAACAAGGCUCACCUUGCUCGAGCGGUGCUCGAGAGUAUGUGUUUCCAGGUGAAAGAUGUGCUAGAUUCAAUGCACAAAGAUGCUGGAGAGAAGGGAGAGGUUAAGAACGAGAAGGGAGAGUUCUUGCUCAGAGUGGAUGGUGGCGCUACUGUUAAUAACCUUCUAAUGCAGAUCCAGGCGGACAUGAUGGGCAGCCCAGUUGUAAGGCCAGCUGAUACUGAGACAACAGCUCUCGGAGCUGCUUAUGCUGCUGGAUUAGCUGUUGGUGUUUGGACUGAAGAACAGAUCUUUGCUUCUGAAGACAAGACGAGGACUUCCACCACCUUCCAUCCAAAAAUAGGUGAAGAGUUGAGGAAGAAGAAGUUGGAGUCAUGGUGCAAAGCUGUUUCAAGAACUUUUGAUUUGGCCGAUCUUUCGCUUUGAUGUAGUACUCUCCUCGCUUCCCUGUUAUCCUUACUAUUAAUACUUAUUUGAUAAGAUCUUUGUGAAUAAUAGCAAAAUAUUUGCUAAUAUCCGACUAUUGUUAGCAUGAAAAUCCAACUCUUUCUGUGCCCAAACUACAAAGAAACUAAAUGAGAAUCAACUGAUUAUCUUUCUAGA